AUGCAGACUGCUGUGGUAUUGCUCUCCUGCCUCGCCUACGUCAGCGCUAUCCCAGUGCUGUUUCUCACUUAUUCAGUCCAGACACCAUUAUCUCAUGUUAUAUUAAUACUAAGACCACGUAUAUGGUUUCUAAGAAUAUUAAGUGUUCCUCAUGGAGCCCAACCUUGGUGUCUUCUGAAAUACCUGUUUCUCGUUGAAGUCCCUCAAAAGUCCCUCAAAAGUCACGUGAUACCCUGUUGCAUCCCUGUUUUGCAACUGACACGCAACAGGACGUGGGUCAACUGUCGAGGCCUCGUGGUUGGGACAGGUGGAGUGUCGACAGCCGUUCGACAGUCGACAUUUGACCCUGUGCGAGUCUGUGGGAGAACUUUACACCAGCACUACGAUGAGCGUUCUGUCCUCCUCGUCCAGCUGUUCGGGUUCUCGCCUCAGUACCACCCGGACGAUGGGAAGAAACCCGGCAAGUUGACGGACUCGAAGGGAGAAAUUCCUCACUUGAACUACGAUCACCCUAUGGCCUGGGGUGUGACGCAGGUCUUUGAGAAGAAUUCCGUGAUUAGUGGAGUUCAUUGGCUGACGAUGUUUAAGGGCGCCCCCAACCCCGAUGUGCUGGAGAGGUUAUCAAAGGGCGCUCCUGCCCAUAAGGUGCUGCAGCAAGCCCUUAAUGAGGAGUACUUUAAGCUCCAUGACGGCAUGUCACUCGAAGUCAAGAUCUGGGAUGGUCGUCUGGGCGCCACUGACCUGAGAGACGGACGCAACGAGGUCCAGGUCAACACACUCGGUAAAAAGGAGAAAUACGUCAAGGUUCACCAGCAAGUUCAUCAAAGAAGCAUUGACGAGUUUGUACUCCAAAACAUGGACCAGGCACAUAAACGAAGUGGACUCAUUGGUGAGAGGCUCGAGAAAGAGAGGACACUUUUCGAGCAGGCGGCCAACAGUGCUUUCUUCAAGGCCAUGGAUGAAGCAUUGGAGAAGGCUGGUCAGAAGCGUUUACCGUCAAUAUAACUACUGUGCAGCAGAACUCCACUGAACAAUCAAAACUUUAAAUUAUGCAUUUCUUUGAGUCAAGGAAAUCCACAGUAUCUCAGGAUUCCCCUUUUAACUUUAAUAUAUAUAAGAUACUACCCUUCACAAAUAAUGUAUGUAAAAUAUCACCUUUCUUCAGUAUACUGUAAUAUUUCUCCUAGAUAGGAUAGAUGAUACAAUCUGUUAUUCUUUAUUGCAUUCUAAUAAUGUGCCACAGGUCAUGAAUCUGAGAAUACCCUCUAUAAAGAAUGAUAUUUUUAUGUCUA